AUGUGGCAGCUUUUAGCAACAGCAUGCUGGGUGCUUCUUCUUGGACCUAUAUAUGGUUGUAAGAAAGGAAGCAUCACAAAUCCUGAAGCUAAUAUGAAUAUUAGCCAGAUUAUUUCUUACUGGGGUUAUCCUUGUGAAAAGUAUGAUGUUGUGACAAAGGAUGGCUAUAUCCUUGGAACUUAUAGGAUUCCUCAUGGAAGAAGAUGCCCAAGGAAAACUGCUCCAAAACCAGUUGUGUAUUUGCAGCAUGGCUUAAUUGCAUCUGCCACUGACUGGAUCUGUAACCUCCCCAACAACAGCUUGGCUUUCCUUCUGGCAGAUAAUGGUUAUGAUGUAUGGAUGGGGAACAGCCGAGGAAACACCUGGUCCAGAAAGCAUCUGAAAUUGUCACCCAAGUCCUCAGAAUACUGGGCGUUUAGUUUGGAUGAAAUGGCUAAAUAUGACCUUCCAGCCACAAUCAAUCUAAUCAUAGAGAAAACUGGACAAGAGCAACUCUACUAUGUGGGCCACUCUCAGGGCACCACCAUAGCUUUCAUUGCAUUCUCUACCAACCCAGAACUGGCUAAGCGAAUUAAGAUAUUUUUUGCACUGGCACCAGUUGUCACGGUGAAGUACACCCGAAGUCCUAUAAAAAAUUUAACAACUCUUUCCAGGCGAACCAUCAAGGCACUGUUUGGUGACAAAAUGUUCUCCCCUCACACAUUGAUGGAACAAUUUAUUGCCACCAAAAUGUGCAAUCGGAAGAUAUUCCAUCAUAUGUGCAGCAACUUCAUGUUCACUGCAACUGGAUUUGAUCCCCCAAACCUAAACAUGAGUCGCUUGGAUGUCUAUUUGGCACAGAGCCCCGCAGGAACAUCUGUUCAGAACAUGCUGCACUGGGCCCAGGCAGUUAAUUCUGGUCAGUUUCAAGCCUUUGACUGGGGACAGCCUGAUCAGAACAUGAUGCACUUCCAUCAGCUCAUACCUCCUUUAUACAAUGUUACUGAGAUGGAAGUUCCAACGGCCAUUUGGAGUGGUGGACAGGAUAUUUUGGCUGAUCCCAAGGACGUUGAAGAUUUGCUACCUAAAAUUGCCAACCUCAUUUAUUACAAGGCGAUCCCAUACUACAAUCAUAUGGAUUUUUAUCUUGGACAGGAUGCUCCCCAGGAAAUUUACCAAGACUUAAUUAAAUUGAUGGAGGAAUGUUUACAAAACAAAACACACUUUUUUCUCUAA